UGUCAGCUCAGGCACACUGCUCUAGAUGGCUGUGCACAGCCUUCCAGAGCAGUGUGCUUACAUAAAACACUCCCUACACAUAGUUAACCCUUUGAUCGCCCCUCAUAUUAACCCCUUCCUGCCCAGUGCAUUAGUACAGUGUCAGUGCUUUUUUUUAGCACUGAUCACUGUAUUGGUGUCACUUGGGAUGUCAGUGACACCAAGUCAGUUCCCUCCAGUGUCAGAAUGUCCGCCUAAGUCCCGCAAAAAGUCGCUGAUCGCCGCCAUUACUAGUAGAAAUAAAAAUCUCAAUAUCUAUACCGCCAUUUGAAAAUGCUAUAACUGUCACUUAAACCAAUUAAUUUA